UUUAUCUCUACCCACCUAGCUAGCAACACUUGAAAAGUUGCAGAGCUGUGACAUCCAUCCAUCCACAGACCAAAAGAAACACCAUUUAGAGCCAUGAUGAGUAGUAAUAUUAUAGAUUCUCUCCCUCCUCUUCUACAAUCCAUGGCUCCCCUACAAACUGCCCUCCUCUUCAUUGUCCCUUCACUCUUCCUAUUCGGGGUCGUUUCGCGACUUCGCCGGAAGCUUCCCUAUCCACCUGGCCCCAAAGGAUUACCUAUUAUAGGCAACAUGAUGAUGAUGGACCAGCUCACACAUCGCGGCCUGGCUAAAUUGGCUAAGAAAUACGGUGGCUUGUUUCACAUGAAGAUGGGGUUCUUGCAUAUGGUCACUGUCUCGUCUCCAGAAGUAGCCAAACAGGUCCUUCAAGUGCAAGACAAUAUUUUCUCUAACCGUCCGGCCACAAUCGCGAUUAGCUACCUCACUUACGAUCGAGCAGACAUGGCUUUCGCUCACUACGGCCCUUUCUGGCGCCAGAUGCGUAAGCUUUGUGUCAUGAGGUUGUUCAGCCGCAAACGAGCCGAGUCAUGGGAUUCUGUCCGUGAUGAGGUGGACUUCAUGGUUAAGACCGUGGCUUCCAACACUGGCAAGGCUGUGAACGUUGGAGAGUUGAUUUUUACUCUCACUAUGAAUAUCACUUACCGGGCUGCUUUCGGGUCGAAAAAUGAGGGUCAGGAUGAGUUCAUUCGGAUCUUGCAGGAGUUUUCGAAGCUUUUCGGGGCGUUUAAUCUCGCGGACUUUAUACCCGGACUCAGCUGGAUCGACCCGCAAGGGAUUACUAAGAGACUUGUUAAGGCUCGUCAGUCACUUGACAAAUUCAUUGACAUAAUCAUCGACCAACACAUGCAGAAGAAGAAAGAAAUUAAGGGCUCCGAUGAAGGUAUCACCGAUAUGGUUGACGAUUUACUUGCGUUCUACAGUGACGUCGCAAAAGUAAACGAAUCAGACGAUCUACAAACCUCCAUCAAGCUUACUAGAGACAACAUUAAGGCGAUAAUCAUGGAUGUGAUGUUUGGAGGGACUGAAACAGUGGCGUCAGCGAUUGAAUGGGCUUUGGCGGAGCUGAUGAGGAGUCCAGAGGACAUGAAGAGGGUCCAGCAAGAGCUUGCCGACGUAGUGGGUCUUGACCGACGAGUGGAGGAGAGUGAUUUCGAAAAGCUCACGUUUUUCAAGUGCGCACUGAAAGAAGUAUUGAGAAUGCACCCGCCGAUCCCGCUCCUCCUCCACGAGACGGCGGAGGAUGCUGAGGUGGCCGGGUACCACAUUCCGAAGAAGACACGUGUCAUGAUCAACGCAUUCGCUAUCGGGCGGGAUCCGAACUCGUGGGAGGAUCCGGACACGUUUAGGCCGUCGAGGUUUUUGAAAGAUGGAGUGGCGGACUUCAAAGGGAGCAAUUUCGAAUUCCUUCCGUUCGGGUCGGGCCGGAGGUCGUGCCCGGGUAUGCAACUCGGACUCUACGGGCUUGAAUUGGCUGUGGCUCAUUUGCUCCACUGUUUCAAGUGGGAAUUGCCUGAUGGCAUGAAACCGAGUGAACUCGACAUGAGCGAUAUAUUUGGACUCACCGCGCCAAGGGCGACCCGACUCAUCGCCGUUCCUAGCCCCAGAUUGGUGUGUCCAUUAGUUUGAUUUGAAAAUCAAAGUGGUGGUGAUCCAGGGGUACACGUGGCAUACAGGAAAUCAGACGGUGAAAGGUGACGGACCGUUCAUGGAAUUUUUUGUUUGUUUUUCUUUUUAUAUCCAAUUGUUAUAUAUGAAAGAGAAGGGAAAAUGGGGGGAAUAAUCUCUUUGUUUGUGGAUAGGAAGAAGUGUUUCCUUGUGAUUUGUUUUCUUAAUAUUAUUAUGUGACACUUCAAUAAAUGUCCUUGUAAAACGAAUUCUUAUUUGGAUCAAAGCAAGUUGUUUUUUUCUUUCUGAAA